CCAUGAGAAGCUUGGAUGCCACAGAAGGAGGACUGGGUCCUCUGUAAAGGACUACUCACUGGAAUAUUUCUGAAGUACCUUGUGGAAUAACUACAGUCUCAGAAACGUACUCAGGCCUUUACAGCUCAGCGGAACCACCCUCGCCAGAGGCUAUACCGAGCAAGAACAAUGGAGGUUGGCGGGAAGCUCAUUUGCAGACAAAGGCAAGUCUUUUUCUUCUUUUUCUUCUUGGGCUUAGCUCAGGCGGGCUCUGAAUUUAGGCGUUAUUCUGUGGUGGAGGAAACUGAAGGGAGCUCUUUUGUAACCAAUUUAGCAAAAGACCUGGGUCUGGGGCAGGGGGAACUUUCCAGGCGGGGAGCUAGGGUCAUUUCCAAAGGAAACAAACUGUAUCUGCAGCUCCAUCAGGAGACUGGGGAUUUACUGCUAAAUGAGAAACUGGACCGCGAAGAACUGUGUGGUCAGACAGAGCCCUGUAUGCUGCGUUUCCAGGUGUUGCUAGAGAAUCCCUUAGAGUUUUUUCAAGCUGAGCUACAGGUAAUAGACAUAAAUGACCAUGCUCCGGUGUUCAUGGACAGAGAUAUGUUGCUAAAAAUAUCAGAGAGCAGUCCUCCUGGGACUAAGUUUCCUCUGAAGAACGCUCAGGACAUGGAUGUAGGCCGAAACAAUAUUGAAAACUAUACAAUCAGUCCCAACUCCUAUUUCCGGGUCCUCACCCGCAAACGCAGCGAUGGCAGGAAAUAUCCGGAACUUGUGCUGGACAAAGUGCUGGAUCGGGAGGAGGAACCUGAGCUCAGGUUAACCCUCACUGCUCAGGAUGGCGGUUCUCCACCCCGGUUUGGCACCGCUCAGGUCUACAUCGAAGUCCUGGACAUCAACGAUAAUGCCCCUGAAUUUGAGCCGCCUUUCUAUAGGGUGCAGAUCCCCGAGGACAGUCCCAUAGGCUACCUGAUUGUCAAAGUCUCUGCUACGGAUAUAGACAUAGGAAUCAACAGAGAGAUUUCCUAUUCACUUUUCCAGGCUUCAGAAGAGAUUAGCAAAACCUUUGAGAUCAACGUCAUGACAGGAGAAAUUCGACUGAAAAAACAACUUGAUUUCGAAACAACUCAGUCUUAUGAGGUCACUAUCGAGGCCAGAGAUACUGGAAGUCUUUCUGGGAAAUGCACCGUUCUGACUCAAGUCAUGGAUGUGAACGACAAUGCUCCAGAAGUCACCAUGUCUGCACUUACCAGGCAGAUCCCCGAGAACUCUCCUGAGACUGUGGUUGCAGUUUUCAGUGUUUCAGAUCUUGAUUCUGAAGAGAACGGGAAAAUAAGUUGCUACAUUCAGGACGAUCUACCUUUUUUCCUUAAAUCUUCCAUGGAAAACUUUUAUACCCUAGUAACAGAGAGACCGCUAGACAGAGAGACCAGAGCAGAAUACAACGUCACCAUCACCGUCACGGACCUGGGGACACCCAGGCUGAAAACCGAGCACAACAUAACCGUGCUGGUGUCCGACGUCAACGACAACGCCCCCGCCUUCACCCAGACCUCCUACACCCUGUCCGUCCGCGAGAACAACAGCCCCGCCCUGCACAUCGGCAGCGUCCGCGCCACAGACAGAGACGCGGGCGCCAACGCCCAGGUCACCUACUCGCUGCUGCCGCCCCUCGACCCGCACGUGCCCCUGGCCUCCCUGGUAUCCAUCAACCCGGACAACGGCCACCUGUUCGCCCUGAGGUCCCUGGACUACGAGGCCCUGCGGGCGUUCGAGUUCCGCGUGGGCGCCGCCGACCGCGGCUCGCCCGCGCUCAGCAGCCAGGCGCUGGUGCGCGUGCUCGUGGCGGACGACAACGACAACGCGCCCUUCGUGCUGUACCCGCUGCAGAACGCCUCGGCGCCCUGCACCGAGCUGGUGCCCAGGGCGGCCGAGGCGGGCUACCUGGUGACCAAGGUGGUGGCGGUGGACGGCGACUCGGGCCAGAACGCCUGGCUGUCGUACCAGCUGCUCAAGGCCACGGAGCCCGGCCUCUUCGGCGUGUGGGCGCACAACGGCGAGGUGCGCACGGCCCGGCUGCUGAGCGAGCGCGACGCGGCCAAGCACAGGCUGCUGGUGCUGGUCAAGGACAACGGCGAGCCGCCGCUCUCGGCCAGCGUCACGCUGCACGUGCUGCUGGUGGACGGCUUCUCGCAGCCCUACCUGCCGGCCCCGGAAGCGGAAGCGGCGGACGCGGCCCCGGCCGCCCCGCUCACCGUCUACCUGGUGGUGGCCUUGGCGUCGGUGUCGUCGCUCUUCGUCUUCUCGGUGCUGGUGUUCGUCGCGGUGCGGCUGUGCAGGAGGGGCGGGGCGGCCUCGGUGGGUCGCUGCUCGGUGCCCGAGGGCCCCUUUCCGGGCCACCUGGUGGACGUCAGCGGCACGGGGACCCUGUCCCAGAGCUACCAGUACGAGGUGUGUCUGACAGGAGGCUCUGGGACCAGCGAGUUCAGGUUUCUGAAGCCAAUUGUGACCAAUUUUCAGGGCCAUUCCCCUGGCCCAGAUAUAGAAGAAACCCCCAACUUUAGGAAAGAUUUUGGUUUCAGUAUUCAGUGACAGCAAUUGUGUUUCACGUUCCAUAUAUUUU